AUGGUUGGUUAUAAGAACAAAAACAUUUAUAAGAAAAAAAGAAAAGGAAAACCAUUUUCUGGAAGGCAGAGAUACACAGAUAACUCAAGCAUGAGUGAGUCUACUGAUGGCGGUGAUUCAGCGAGAUCAAGUACAACCCCACCAAAUUCAGAACCUAAUCUGGAAGUGGAAUCAACCAGGCUUUUGAGCGCAUCCAGAAGAAAACUAAACCUGUCAAAAGAAGCAGAAACAUCAGCUUUGGAGGCUUCCCAAGAUAUAGAUCAUGCUGGACAAGGCUAUCGCCUUAUUGAUAUAAAUAAGCUGUCAUCAAGCAUUUCAAAAGCACAUGUUUGUGACGCAGGACACUUGGUUAUUCACGAAGAUAUUGCUGGAAAAAGAGGACUAAUGCCUGAUCUCAAAGCAAAAUGUAGUUCGUGUGAAGAGGAAGUCACUUUAGAGACGUCCUCUAAGCUCUCUAUAAAUGGAAACAGUGCUAAUGUAAACCGACGUGCAGUGUACCAUUCUGUGGAAUCAGGGGGUGGUUAUGAAGGUCUUGCAUCUUUUUGUGGGAUGAACAUGCCUUGUAUGACUAGGACGACCUAUUACCAGCACUUUGAAAAAGUUGUAACUGCUCUUGAGCAAGAAGCUAAAGAUGAAAUGAAACAAGCUGCACAAAACUUGAGGGAACAUAUUUUGAAGGAAAAUGGUUCAGAAGAUACAAGUUCUACUGUCGAUGUUGCAAAGUGCAGUUUGAAGAAAUUGAAGUGCACGACUGAUGAAGAAUUUGAGGAAUGGGAAAUUGAACAUGUGUUCUCUGGUGAAUGUGAUAUAAAUUUUGGUGGCAGUUCACCUGCAAUGGAGAUGGAAGGAGCAAAAGUUUUGUGGAGCAGGUCUCUGGAUCUGUAUAACAUUCGCUACAGAUGGAUGGUCUCAGAUGGAGACAGCAAGGCACAUAGCGCUGUGGAGGAAGUAUAUGAUGAAAUUAAGGUUGAGAAGCUUGAUUGUGUGGGGCACGUACAAAAACGAAUGGGAAAAAAUCUCCUAAACCUAAAAGCUACAACAAAAGGCAAACUUGCAGAUGGGAAGACAAUUGGAGGACGGGGCCGGUUAACAGAGGAGAAAAUAAAGAAAAUACAGCGGUAUUAUGGUUUAGCAAUAAGACAAAAUACUCUGUCAACACCAAAUCCAACGGAUCAAGAAGUUUCAGUUGCUGUAUAUGCCAUGAAGAAGAAUAUUAUAGCAAUUUUACAUCACUCUGUCCAAUCAAAUGAUCCUAAAAAACAACAUAGGUUUUGUCCUACUGGACAAAACUCAUGGUGCAAAUGGCAGCAAGAUCAAGCUUUAGGAACAUCGAUGUACAAUGGAGAUGAUUGCUUACCAGAAGUUUUAUUUGACCUGCUUAAACCAAUUUUUCUAACUCUAAGUGACAGUAAGCUAUUGGAAAGAUGUAGAGUAAUGCAACGACUUGCAAUUCCAGCUGGUGAGCUAACAAAGAGAUCUUUGCUUUUAAAAGACAAGAAACGGGUCAGAAAGUCUGACCACCAGACAUCCGAAAAAAACAAAAGACGUCGACAGGCUGAGCAGCUCCAAAAAACCCGAAAAGAAGAAGCUCUGCGAGAAGCAGAAGGGACAACAUACUGUUAA